CAAAAGUCCCACUUGCUCGUGGCAUCAGAUCUUGAUGAUAACAUUGAGGUUUCUAGUGCCCUUUGACUCAGUUGAUUGCAAAAGUCCUAAUUCUGCCCUGUUCCACUCAGUUUCUUCCUAACUGAGGAGGAAGAAGCUCUCAGUUCAGAGUUUUGACCUGUAUUUUUUUUUACGCUGGGAUUUUGCUGACUAUUGUGCAGCUGAACUCAUUUGGAGAGUGCUGCUGCUAGUUCCCUCUCCUCCUUCCAGAUAGUUUCAGGUGCAACCUGUGAUCUUUGAGCCUCUGUUGGUCACAAUUGUCAACACUUACCAUGAAGCCUGUGUCAGGGAGAAAGUCCCCAGUUCUGUACCUCCUUGGGAUUCUGACCGUGCUCCUCUGCCCUGAAGGCUUACAAGGUUGUAUUCCACCACCUGAAGUUAAACAUGGACACUUUACGUAUAUUCAAAAACAAACAUGGGGAACUGAUGUGGUUGAGUAUGAAUGUCAGGAAGGAUAUACUCUUGUUGGAGAGGCUAGAAUCUCCUGCAGAUUUUUCAGCUGGUCACCACCGGCUCCUCAGUGUAAAGCUCUAUGCCCAAAACCAGAAAUAUCAAAUGGAAAGCUGUCUGUGGAGAAGGAUCAAUAUGUCAGCUCUGAAACUGUCACUGCCAGGUGUGACCCUGGCUAUAGGAUGGUUGGUUCCCAGAACAUCUUUUGCUCAGAGAACAAAUCUUGGAGUCCGGAUGUGCCCAAGUGUGAGAAGGUAUCUGCUGAAGUUUGUGAGGCAGUCUUGAAAGGCCAAAAACUCCUACAGUGUUACCCAAAUGCCAUGGAAGCAAAGGUGGCCCUGGAGUUACAUAAAUUGUCUCUGGAGAUUGAAAAACUGGAGCAAGAAAAACGCAAAUUGGAAAUUGCUUGAGGCUUUCUCUUGGAUACAUUCUCAGGAAAGAAGUUGCAGUAUCAGUAUGCUUCACUGUGCAGGAGAGUUCUCGCCACACUCACACAAAAUACAGGAUGCUUGGGGCUGGUGCACUGGGAUGACCCAGAGGGAUGGUAUGGGGAGGGAGGUGGGAGGGGGUUCAGGAUUGGGAACAUGUGUACACCCGUGGCAGAUUCAUGUUGAUGUAUGGCAAAACCAAUACAAUAUUGUAACGUAAUUAGCCUCUAAUUAAAAUAAAUAAAUUAAAAAAAUACAGUAUUUUUUACCUUACUAACUUCUACAGUUGUGACUUUCUUAUUCUUUGAUUAGCUGUAGGAUCUAUAGUGAUGCUUAUUCCUGAUGCUGAUAAUUCAUAUCUUCUCUCUUUUUGCUUCCUGACCAGUCUGCCUUGGAUUUAUCAAUUCUAUUGAUACAUGUUUUAUGGCUUAGAAUGUGGCACUUGCUCAAUAUUCCAUGUAUUCUUGUAAAGACUGUGUGUUUUGCUGCUGAGUGGUACUCCCUAUAAAUGUCAAUUAGGUAAAGUUGGUUGCUAAUAUGGUUCCAGUCUUCUCUAUCCUGGUUGAUUUUCAGUCUAUUUGUUCUAUCAAUGAUUGGAAGAAGGGGUAUCAAAAUUCUCUUUGUAGGUUUGUCUAUUAUUUCCUGUAGCUUUUAGUUUUUGCUUCCUAUACUUUAAAGUACUAUUAUUAGGGGCAUAAAUGUUUAGAAUUUGUAUCUUCUUGAUAACUGACCCUUUUUUAUUAUGUAAUAAACUUCUUUAUCUUUCAGAA